AUAACCCACGGUCUGAAAUUUUUCUUUUUUAAUUUUGUUAUAAUAAUCCAAAAUAGCUUCAUCUUAUAGGAAAAAAUAUUAGAUCAGGAGUCCACUCCAACGGUGAUCUUCUACCAUCCACCGGGAUCAAAGAACCAGCGGCGGCGCUUCUCCUCCGCCCCCCUGUUACUCCAAAUAUUCAGGACUUCCUCCAUGGAUCCCAAUCCCAGCGCUUGUAGCUCGGACCAGGCCGUCGUCACUAUUGAUGUGCAUUCAACCAAAACCCUACUGAACUCCGGCCACCGCUAUCUCGACGUUAGGACUGCGGAGGAAUUCGAAAAUGGUCAUCUGGAGAAAUCUCUCAAUGUUCCUUAUAUGUUCCUCACCCCUCAAGGGAGAGUGAAGAACCAGAAAUUUUUGGAGGAAGUGAUUCGUCUCUGUAACAGAGAUGAUUUCAUAGUAGUGGGAUGCCAGAGCGGUGUGCGUUCUCUCAAAGCAGCAGAAGAUCUUCUCGUAGCUCUAGGGUCGCGACGGAUUUCAGUGGCUAGAGGUAGGAACGACAACCCACGACAGAGAGAUGCAGCGACUGGCGACAACGAGAGGGAGGAGGAGAGGGUUUCUGUGUCGCGGAAAGGAGGAGAGGAGACAGGGGGCAUAGGCACGAAGGAGAAAAUGAAUCUGAAGGUGAGGGAUGGAUUUUUUAGGUCAAUAGCGUCGGCUUUAUCAUCUACUUUGCAUCGGAUUUUUUUAAUGCUUUUAAGUAAAGUUUUUUGCUUCGAUUUAUUGGACGCAAAUACAACUCAAAAAACACCACAACACCACUGUUAAUUUCGUCGUUGUUUGUGUUGAAUAUUCAGACGUAAAUCCGACGCUAAGAGAAUAAAUUUAAUUUUGCCGCAAAUCAGUCGCAAAAUUCGACGCAAAUAUAUGCGUCGA